AUGGCUGGUUCUGUCGACAAUGGCCACGCCGACGGCAGUCCCGUCGACGACAUGGCCGCCCACGGCAGUCCCACCGACAAUGCGCCCGGUGACAAUGCCCCCGACAACUCCGCCGUCCCCAAACCCAAGCGGCUUGCCUGCAUGAUUUGCCGCAAGCGCAAGCUCAAGUGCGACGGCUUGCGACCCAGCUGCAGCACUUGCUCCCGCCUCGGCCACUCGUGCGCGUACGAUGAGCAGAGACGCAAGAGCGGCCCCAAGCGAGGCUACGUCAAGGCCCUCGAAGAACGACUAAAGCAAGUUGAGACACUAUUAAAAACACAAGAACCGUCACAACCGUCGCACUCUUCCAAUGUUCCCAAGAUGCCGGCCGCGGCGCCCCAACCGCCAAUGACCGUUGACCCAGAAAACGACCGUUGGAACUAUAGCGCCGACUCCCCGCGCGCCGUCCCUGGCGACGAUUUCAACUUCAAUUCGAAUAUCAACAUGCCCGUCAACCCCGACGACAGCAGCUUUAGCUGGGAAAUGAUUGGCCUCGGCUUGGAAGAGCCCCUGCCUGCCCAGGAAGCCAUCGACGAGCUUCAUCAAAUCUAUUUUGAAAAGAUCCACCCCUCAAUGCCCAUGAUCCACCGCUUUCGCUACCUCGCUGCCAUGAAUUUGGCACCAAACCAACGACCACCCGUCUGCCUCCGAUAUGCCAUGUGGACAAUGGCCAGUUCCAUCACAGACAAGUAUUCGGACUUGAAGCAUCUCUUCUAUGCCCGCGCCCGCAAGUAUGUCGAGGCCGACUACGUCAAAGGUUUUGGCGAGCACAUGAUUUCAGUAGCCCACUGUCAAGCACAUAUCCUACUGGCCUGCUACGAAAUGAAAAUGAUGUACUUUCCCCGUGCGUGGAUCAACACAGGCGCCGCUGUCCGUUUGGCGCAAAUGAUCGGGCUGCAUCGACUCGACGGCGCAGGCUUGGACGUGAAACAGUGUCUUCCCCCACCGAAAGACUGGACAGAGCGCGAAGAGCGACGGCGAACUUUCUGGAUGGCGUUUUGUGAGGACAGAUAUGCGAGCAUCGGCACCGGGUGGCCCAUGACGAUUGACGAACGUGAUAUCCUCACCAAGCUCCCUGCCUCGGAGGAGGCCUUUGAGAUGAGUCGGCCCGAGCAAACACAGACCCUCGACGAGUGCACCACGCCCAGCGGCGCCGCCAAGCUCUCCUCUUUCGGCGCCAUUGUUCUUUUGGCGGCCAUUUUUGGCCGCAAUCUGGUGCACCUGCACAGACCCGACAGCGACGAGUUUGACGGCGAUGUCAACGGCCCGUUUUGGAAGCGCCACCGCGAAAUGGACAAUAUCCUUCUCAACACAUCACUCGGCUUGCCGUCCCAUCUCAAGCUGCCAGCAGGCCUAUCCAACCCCAACAUCGUCUUUAUGAACAUGUCCAUUCACACUUCGACGAUUUGCCUGCAUCAGGCCGCUAUAUUCAAAGCCGAGACGCACAAGCUCCCGGCAUCCCUCAGUUCUGAAAGCAAAGUGCGCUGCAUAACGGCGGCCAACGAAAUUGCUGGCGUCAUGCGAACCGUUUCCCACAUGGAUCUAACAGCUAUGAACCCCUUCAUCUCCUUUACUCUCUACGUGGCCGCCCGCGUAUUCGUGCAAUAUCUCAAAAGCCGUCCCGACGACGAUGUAACCGCAGACGCUCUCCGUUUCCUACUAUCCGCCAUGAACGCGCUCAAGAAGCGCAACCCCCUUACCGAAUCGUUCCUGGUCCAACUUGACGUCGACUUUGAGGCGCUCGCCUCUAGAAUACCCAAGUUGAAGAACGCAUUCCCACGGAACGGUGACAGCGUAAGUAUCUCCAUCCGCGCCACCAUGCACAGAGCUAACUUGCCCUCCCAGCCUGAACAGAAUGGAGAUGAAUCGCCCCGUGUGUUGUGCGAUGACCCUGAAAACGUCAAGGGGAUUCUAUCCUAUCGAGAUUGCGACUACAAGGACGACCAUGCGAAGCCGCCGCCCGUCUCCGAGCCGUCGGGUAUGGGUCUGCCCGGCAACGCAGCUUUUGGUGGACAGUCGUGGCUCUCGGUCGACCAGCAAAUGCCCAUGCUGACGCCCAACUCGGGCAGCAUGUACGACAAGACGGGCAACGGCAGCGGGCACAUUUCCAGCUUUGGCGAUGUUAAUGGCGAAAGUACCGAGUCGCCCGACGGCCAGUCCACCGACCGGACGCCAAACUCGAGUGCUGCCUCGGAUGGACGCACGGUCAAGCCGGUUGGUCCUACGGCACACUUGUUUGCCUCGGCCUCGCCGCAGUUCCCCAGCACUGGCGCGCACUUUUUCAGCCCCGCGCAGCAACCGUAUCAGCUUCAUCAGCAGCAGCAGCAGCAGCAGCAGCAACAGCAGCAGCAGCUAGGCCAGGCCAUGGCGUACGGCACUGGAUGGGAUAAUAUGAAUGCGGCGGCGCAGCAGGCAGCCAACAUGCAAAACGAGGGCGUCUUGCGCGCGUUGAUGAAUAUGGGACCCAUGGAGGCAAUGGAUCUGUCGUCCUGGGAUACAGGCAAUGAGCCAAUGCGGGGAUAA